UUUUUUAACUAUAAUUAAAACAGUUUUCACUACAAUUAACCCCUGUAGGACUCGCUAAGCGAUGGAAACACGGCCAUACAUUGGCUGAUGAAUGGCAGCCCAUGAUUGGUAGCCAAGCAAAGGCCAUUCAUAAGAUAUACUUGGCAAACGAUCGAUCCAUUAUUUUGUUGCCAAAAUUGGCAGCCUUCUCUUGGCCAACGUUUGGCCAUUAAUUGGCUACCAUUCAUCGGUCGAUCCUUGGAAAAUUCAUGGCUGGCCAUUUAUUGGCCGUUAUUUGGCAAUAUCAUGGCUGCCAACCAUCAGCCAUUUUUUGGCGAAAAAAAAAAAAACAAGACAAAAAAAAUAAAGAAUCAACAAUGGAGCAUUUAAAUUAAAUGAAUAAAUAAAUAUAUUUGUAUAUAAAUAAUCAUUUUCUAAAAAGUUUACAAAGUCCACGAGUUACUACAAGAAAACAAAAACUUCCGAAAUAUAUAUCGCUGAGUUAGUUUAGGUUUAUGGUCGUGUCGAGGGAUCGCGCCCGGCAAGAGGCAGGAAAAAUAAAACAUAUUUAAUAUAUGUAUAUAAAAAAAAAAACAGAAUUGGACUUUAGAAUCUAUGAAUGCAAUUGAAAAAAAAUAUAUAUAUUUUUUUAAUUUUAUUUAUAAAAAUAACUAAAUAAUUCUCCUACACGGAAACUCAAGACGCGUCGAAUCAGCCUACGUAUUAUUUUUUUAGACAACCAGCGGUUUUAAGUUCAGGCCGGUUGAAACGCAAGCUAUGAAGCGAGAAAGAGAGAAAGCUACAUCUUUUAUAGAGUACCGACCCGAACUAAACCGAAGGCGAACAAUAUUGUAAGACGAAGGUGUAGCUUUUUUCAUCCCUUCUCUAGCCUCUUUUUUAUCCUCUUCUACGCCGUUAAAUAACGUAUAUCUUUUUCUUAGCGUUUUUGUUUUUUCUUUUUGGUGGUGUUGUGACAAUCGGAAAAAAAGUGAAGACGAUUCAUAUUAUUUAUCUUAUAAACUAAACGUUGGCAUAAUUUUUUUUAUUUAUAAAUUGUGUUUUAUAUAUAUGUAACAUAGUGUUGUGAUUUCUGUUAAAAAUGUCUUUGCUUAAUGAAGAAAACAAUUCACAACGAAAAUCAAAACGGUCAAUAAGCAAGCCCACUCGGUUCAGAGAAGACGAUUCAUCUGAUGAUGAACCUGCUCCAAAAAAAAAUAAUACAAAUGCAAGUCGAGUCGAUGAAAAAGCGAGAAAAGAUGCAAAAUAUGAAUCAGAAUUUAAUAUUUACAAUAUAAUUACCGGUGAUGAAGAUAUAUGCAAUUCCACGAAUACUAAUGAUAAGCUUGAUAAACUUUCUGCCAUGGUUCCAAUUCAACUAAGCAAUCAAACGGAAUCAGCCUUUACAAUGGAUGUGAUGACCAAUACAGAGCAGAAAACUUAUACAGUACUUGAAAACGUCACGAAUAUGGAUCGUGAAACUGUUGAAAAACACUCAUUCAGCCAAAUAUCUCAAAUGGAAAACGAUAUUUGUUCCAAGGAUAUUAUAAAACAAGAACCUUUGAUUAUGCCCACGAAGCAAACGGAAGAAAAAAUUAUGACCCCGAAUGACGGUGGUAGAAUAAAGAAAUUUUUAAAAAAGAGUAAUCAAAAAAUAAAACAACCUUCGGUUAUAAUGACGAAGCAAACAGAAAACAAACUUAUGACUCCAAGCGAAGGUUAUAAAGUCAAGAGAUUAAUCGAUUCUGAUCAUUCCAAAAAGAAAAUUGUUCAUGAUGAACAUUCCAGAACUGGCUUAAAGAACAUCAACCCACUAUCUACACGAAAGAAUAAAAUUUCUAUAUCUAACGAUAUGGUUCAAAUUUCGAGAGCACAAUUAAGAAAUUAUGAAACUACAAUUGGCAAUUUGAAGAAUUCAAAUGCAAAACUUAUUAAAGAGCGUAAUGAACUUUUGAAUUUCAUCCAAAAUGAAUUAUCAAAAGAUGAAGUUAAGAAGCCUUUACAAAUCUCGACUAUUGCAAUUUCUCUUUACGAACAACGCCUCGAAGAAAAAUUGAAUGAUUUUGCAGUCAAUUUUACUGACACUAUCAUCAAUAAAAUUAAUAAUAAUUCAUCGACAGCCUUACGUUCAAAAGAAAAAACUCAAUUAAAAAAUGUCAAGAUAGAAGAUGAAAAGGUAUUGAUAACAAGACCAGGAAAAACUGAAGAAUCCGUGAAAAUAAAUUUAUCUCAUAGAAGUUAUUUUGAUGCAUUGAACAAAGUUGAACUUGAAAAAAUAGUAAAAAACGUUGUCAGUGGCUAUUGGCCAAACAGUUCUGACAGAAUCAAAAUUUAUCUUAAAUUAGACUCACGACAGAAAGAUAAAGACGUCCGAAUCAUUACAGAUGAAGAAGUAAUGGAUAUUUCAUAUGUUUCAUUGAUGUUGUUUGAAAAACAAAUGCCAUCGGAAAAACUUUAUUCUGAUGAAGAGUUUUUGAAAAACAAAAAUAAAAUUAAAGCAAUGAUUGGCAAUUGUUUAACUGAGCAAAGAGGAAAUUUCAAUCGAACAUAUCAAAGGUCGGAAAAUCUUGAUGGUCAACGACAAACAGAAAAUAUUUCAACAUGAUUUGAGUUUCUAAUUUAUCUCAAAUACACAGCUAUCUCUAUAAAAAUGCAUGUUUUUUUGUAAAAGUAUAAAAUUAUAUGUUUGAUUAAAAAUUCUAUGAACAUAAUAAUAAUGGUUAAAUAAAUGUCAAAAAAAAAAAA